UAUGGCGGCGGGAAGUCCGUGCAUUUGUGGUGAUAGGAGUUUAUUCGGUGCUUUCUAGUGGUUUUUUUCUCCAGUAUUCAACAUCCUGGUUGCAGUUUGUUGUAGCGACAUGUUCAUAGUAAAUUGGUGCUGAUAUACAUUUGAUGUGAUGGUUUUAGCUUGGUUAGGAGAAUGGGGCUCAGAGGCUACUGAACCCUCGACUUGAAGUUUGUUUCCUGCUCACCGGAUGUUACUGUACGCCAUGUCCCGUGGAGCACUGCAGGGUGGCCGGGAAUUGAGGCUGCGAGUGCGUCAUAAGAAGCCAAAACGCCUAUUGCGCAGUUGGUACAACCUGGUCGGAAAGGACCACGCCAUCGCUAAUGGAGUGGAUCCUGCAGAUGAGGUGGGAAAAGAGAAAUGCCAUAACAGCCAUGACAUGGAAGAACAGGUGAAAAAGGACGUCAAGCAUCGUCACAAAAAUCAUGAGUUGCCUGGUCAUGACCUUGGAAACUUUGCUGAGCACGGUACUUCGGCCAAGGUAUGCCUCAACGGCAAAGUCUUUCCUAGUAUUCCCCCAGAAAAGAUUGUCAAUGGGAAGGGCUACAAUCAACAUUCAGAUCCUGGCACCACAUGUGCUGUUGACCCAUCUUUUGACGACUCUGACUCUGGUCAGGACAAUGACCUUGUGUGUAGCGUCUGCACCACAGGGGAGUCAGAACCUCCGAAUGAGAUUGUCAUCUGUGACACUUGCAACAAAGGAUUUCAUCAAACGUGCCAUGCACCCAAAAUAAGUGACCAGGUUCUGCUGCCAAAUAUACCAUGGCACUGCCGAAACUGCGUUCCUGUGGGCUCUGUGCGGAAAAGUGCAAAGAACUACAAAAAUGGUAAAAUGCAUCCAUCGCCAUUCACUUUGAAAAACAGCAGCCAUCACAUCCAGCUGCGAGUUUCACGUGCCCGGGUACAAAUGUUCAAGCUUGGUUUUCCAUAUAAUAUGAAUACGUUGCAGUGGGAUGAUCAACACAAGGUGAACACCAAGAAGUGCUAUUGUUAUUGUGGAGGACCGGGCCAGUGGAAUUUGAAGAUGCUUCAGUGUCGUUCGUGCCUACAGUGGUUUCAUGAAGCUUGCAUUCAAGGCCUUGAAACCCCAUUGCUAUAUGGUGACAGCUUUUACUACUUUACAUGCUCUGUGUGCAAUAAUGGGCCAGAAGUUGUCAAGCGGAUGCCCCUAACCUGGAUGGACAUUACUCAUUUGACAUUGUACAACUUGGCGGUGGAGCGCCGCAAGAAGUAUUACGACUUGGACGAUGUAAUUCUUCCUUACCUCAACUCUAUAUGGCUGGCAUUGCAGUUGCCAACCGAUAUUUUUCGCUCUUCUGUUCGUGAAAGGCGAACGAACAUCUAUAGGUGCCUCUGCAGCGACAGAACCAGGUUCAAAUCUGGCAAAGAAGUUAAAAAAAGGACAUCACUAUGGGGCCUUCGAAACAGAAAUGCUCCGCCUAUUCCGGGCGAAGAGGCACCACGAGUACUUCGAAGUGUUGUGCCUGCCUUACCUCUUCGUGCACCGCUUCGCAAGCCUGCUGCAGGUGUUCGUGUAUUCAGGCGUGGUGGUCUAAAGAACUUAGUUGGACUACGAGAGCGAGUAAAUGGCCAGAAGAAAGCAAGAAGAAAAAGACGCCAGAGGAGUCGCAUGAAGAACAAUGGCUGCCAUUCCAGCAAGUUGUCUAAUGGCCUAGGCAGAAGCAAAGCACGAGUUCACAGUGUUCAGAUCUCACAUGAUCCAUUUGACUGUGACGAGGAAGCUGCGAGUUCAGGUACUGGAGAGGGCAGCACUUUCUUGGACGCCUUCAUACCACCACUGCGAGAUUUUCAUGGUGGCAACCAUCCAUUUCGGGAUGAGGUGCUCUUCCCACCUCCUCCUCCCCCAAAGCCUAGGCCCGGGAGGCCUCCAAAAAAGCGCACACUUCCAGUGCCACUCAAGCCAGUUAAGCUCAAGUUGCGUGGUUCCCAACGGAGACUGAUUUUUGGUAUUGGUGACACAGACUCUGAAGACUAUAGUAGCACUAUGAGCAGUACCAGUACAACCAGUGCUGGUAGUGCAACCAGCUCUGGUAUUAUAAGCAGCACUAGCGGCACAAGCAGCACUGCCAGCUCACGUGUAGACUGCAGCACCCAGGGCCGGGGAUCACUGCGGUGGAAGGAGAUGCUUCGUAGUAGUGAGGCUGCUAGCAGUGAAAAGAGCAGUUUCACUGUACUUGCCAAGCGCAUUUCGAUUGACGGAAAAGUGCAGUACCUUAUAGACUGGGACAAUUGUGGAAGCAAAACAUGAUGGUUUGACGAAUACACAACCCUCUUCAGGACUUUAUUCUCCUUGACUGUGUGUGCUGGUGUGCUUGUGUGUGUGAAGUCAUAUGUUGGUGCAUUGUGUAACUGGCCACAAAUACCAAGGAUUUGGUUCAGUGAAGCACCAUUGUACAGGCAGCUGCUAUGGACUGCUCAAGAUUUUCUGUUGCUGUUCUCUUUCAAAUGCUGCAUGUUUUAUGAGUUGUUAGAUCUGCACAUGAUGGGAAUAUAUGGGACUCAUUGGUCAGAAGGUGCCCUCUAUAUUUUUUUUUCGGAACAUGGCAACAAUUAGAAAGAACGUUGAAUAGAUUUUGUCACUAUUGUUAGCUUUCAAAUUACUUCUUAAUUCUACUUUUCAAUUUUUAAUUUGUUUUGGGUUUUUGUCACUAUUGUUAGCUUUCGGAUGACUUCUAAUUCUAGUUUUCAAUGUUUAGCUUGUUUUUGGUGACAGCAAGAUAAAUAUGAACUGAAUUUGACUCUGUGCAACUGCCACCAUAAAUUAGUUUUUUCAGCAAAUGCUUAUCACAGACAUGUGAACCAAGACCUGCCAGCUGUGCCAGUUAUGAACAAUUUUUGUAUGCCAUUUUUUAUAGCUAGUUCCUAAAUUAAUUUCAGGUUUGUAAUAAAGACAAGUGAAUUAUACCAAUUUUCUAAUGUCUUCACAACUUAACAGUGUUGCCUGAGAAGACCUCUUUCUUGUCAGGGUGAUACAAGACCGGCCAUGCUUUCUUGAAUUCAAGUUAACUGCAGUGUUAAUGGCAAUCAAUUCAUGCUCUUGAGGCACCAUAUGUGUUUUACAUCUGCUGAAACACUGCCAUUUUGCUUUCUAAGGUAGGUUUAUACAUUUCUCCUAGUCUUAUUUGCUUUUUAGGGGGUGAAAAGUGAUUGGUCUUCUUUUUUCCCUUUUGCUCUCCCAACACUUACUUUUAAGUCUUUUCUUUCAAUAAUUAUUGAAUUUUUUUAGUCCGUUGUUUUUGUUUGUUUUCACAUGCACAUGUUUGCUUAUAAUAGUUUUAGGUCAGAUACUACCAAUUGGAUCAGCGUCGCACUUACAACAGUGUUUCACUUGAGGGUUUAGUGAAUUUUGGUAUGAUGUAAAGCCUCCUUCAAAUUCUAGCCAUUAACCUCAAAUGCCUUCUCUACAUUUCACUAUUUUAUAGAGCACCUUUCUUUUUGGCUGUGGUAUGUUGUACUUAAGUACAUUUCAUUCGGUAGUGGGCCUUGGUGGCACUGCACAUUAAUAAAUAUGAACCAAAGAGUAAUGGACUCCAUCAGAUGUUGCUUCGUGUUUGCAUCAAAGUGCUGUUAUAGUGAAAUAAAGUUAUAUUUACGAG